CAUCCACUGUCCCGCCGGCGGUCAAACUUCAACUGAAUUUCACCACUAAAUCAGAACAGUAAAAAUGGGGUUUUCAUCAGUUUUAUCUCGGAUCGCCAUCUCCAGGAAGCUGCUUUCUUCAAACCCCACGAAUCGUUCCAUCUCAUUGUUGUCUUCCCUUCUGUUUUCGAGCCACGUUGAUAGCGACACCAAGAAGGCGGAGAACGGCAGCCUGCCGUCGUCUUCGGCGGCUUAUCAUGUCAGUUCAGGCGGGUAUAUGAGAGGCACUGUCUUCUGGGAAUCCGAUAGGCCCCUCACCAUUGAAGAAUUUCAUAUGCCUCGUCCCAAAGCUGGAGAAGUUCUCAUAAAAACGAAGGCUUGUGGAGUUUGUCACUCUGAUCUUCAUGUUAUAAAAGGCGAAAUUCCUUUUUCUAGUCCUUGUGUUAUUGGGCACGAGAUUACUGGGGAAGUUGUUGAACAUGGGCCACUCACCGACCGCAAAAUCACUGAAAGAUAUCCAGUUGGAUCUCGAGUGGUGGGAGCUUUUAUCAUGCCUUGUGGUAAUUGUUUCUUCUGUUCUAAGGGCCAUGAUGAUCUAUGUGAAGAUUUCUUUGCCUAUAAUCGAGCAAAGGGCACCCUUUAUGAUGGUGAAACACGGCUUUUCCUCCGCAAUAGUGGAAAACCUGUAUACAUGUAUAGCAUGGGAGGCCUUGCUGAAUACUGCGUUGUUCCGGCGUAUGGUUUGUGUGUUUUGCCGAAAUCAUUGCCAUACACCGAAUCUGCAAUUUUAGGAUGUGCUGUAUUUACUGCUUAUGGUGCCAUGAGGCAUGCGGCUGAGGUCUGUCCUGGGGAUUCUGUUGCUGUGAUUGGAAUUGGAGGGGUUGGUUCAAGUUGUUUGCAGAUAGCAAGGGCAUUUGGUGCCUCUGAAGUUAUUGCUGUGGAUAUUCAGAAUGAUAAACUGCAGAAAGCUAAGACUUUGGGGGCCACUCAUACAGUAAACGCAAUGGAAGAAGAUGCCGUUGAACGGGUUAAAGAAAUUACUGGAGGAUCAGGUGUUGACAUCGCCGUGGAAGCGUUGGGGAAACCUCAAACGUUUUUGCAGUGUAUACAAAGUGUAAGAGAUGGUGGAAAAGCAGUGAUGAUCGGGCUUGCGAAAGCCGGUGCUGUAGGUGAGGUGGACAUCAAUCGUCUGGUUCGUCGGAAGGUAAAAGUGAUCGGUUCGUAUGGAGCGAGGGCAAGGCAGGAUCUGCCGAAGCUGGUUAAACUAGCCGAAACAGGAAUCUUCAAUCUUAGCAGUGCUGUCUCUCAAAAAUACAAAUUUGAAGAAGGAAAUAAAGCAUUCCAGGAUCUUAACCAGGGAAAAAUUAUCAGCCGAGGUGUAGUUGAGAUAAGCUAAGUUAUUUUUCUUUGUAUCAAUAAUAAUAAUAAACUUGGACACAACACAAUGAACCCUUGGCUUGUGUUGUGUUGGUCACAAAUUCUGUCAUGUUUGAUGUAAUGUUUUAUCACAAAACUUGUUUAUUUUACUGUAUCCAGAUGAUUUGAAAUGUCAAUUUUUAUUUAUCAGUUUGAGAUAAGCUUGUGUA